UCCACUCUCCGCUGGACAUCAUUUUUCUGUCAACACUGCGAGCGAUACCCCAAACCCGACCCACGAACCCAGAUACACCUAAAGCAAUCACCAUUCUCAUCCUUUCGACCUCACGAACUCAAUUCUGAGCCCAGUCUUACUUUCUAGGUCAAGAUUUCAUGGCUUGCAUGUACCAUUUGGUGAAGGUUUGAAGAAGACUGAAGCUCAAUCUGUAACCCAGAUUCCGGCAAGAUUUUCCGGCGAAUCCGCUAGGUUGGGUCUUUUUGAAGCCCUCGCAGUCAUUCAAUCACCAAAUCAUAGCAAAUCGUCCUUCAUGUUCUUCAAUCAACUACGACCAACUGUAUCGCUGUUGAGCAUCAGAUCCAGACCCACAAGUCCAAAGUUGCCCUAACCAAUUUGACACCCGCGGAAGUAGGAGCAAUUGUUAACAGAAAGAGCAGAAGAUCAGAGGAAGUAGAAAGAAUGAGGAUCGUGGGGCUGACAGGUGGAAUUGCUUCCGGGAAGAGUACCGUCUCCAAUCUCUUCAAGGAAACAGGCAUUCCGGUCGUUGAUGCGGAUCUUGUUGCUCGAGAUGUGUUGAAGAAGGGGAGUGGUGGCUGGAAAAAGGUUGUUUCAGCAUUUGGAGAGGAUAUUUUGCAACUUGAUGGAGAAGUUGAUAGGCCUAAACUGGGACAAAUUGUAUUCUCUAAUCCCGAAAAGCGCCAACUUCUUAACCGACUGCUAGCUCCUUAUAUAUCGUCUGGAAUCUUUUGGGAAAUUUUGAAGCUAUGGAUGAAGGGGUGUAAGGUUAUUGUUCUUGAUGUUCCUCUGUUGUUUGAGGCCAAGAUGGACAAGUGGACGAAGCCUAUUAUUGUUGUAUGGGUUGAUCCUGAAACUCAGCUCCGGAGACUCAUGUCGAGGGACAGAACACGUGAGGAUGAUGCUGGAAACAGGAUAAAUGCUCAGAUGUCACUCGAUUUGAAAAGGACCAAGGCAGACAUAGUGGUUGACAACACUGGAUCGCUAGACGAUUUAAGAGAACAGUUUCGCAAUGUCUUGCUUGAAGUCACAAAGCCCUUGACAUGGACCGAAUUCGGGCUUUCUAGACAAGGUGCCUUGUCCGUUCUUGUCUCCAUCAUCGUAGGUGUUCUUCUAUUCAAGAAAGUCUUGUAUAAGUCAGAGUUUAUGUAGCAACCUUAGAAUUGUACUUGUUGGGUACUUAAUCUGUCAUUCAUAGAACCAAAAGGUUCACUCUGUGUUUGUAGCAACAACGAGGGAUGACUCGAUGCAUUUGCAAACUAUGAUUUGCGCCA